CAACACACUCUCCGACAAAGAAAAAACAGGACUUCUCCCCACGUUUCCCCCACUCCUCCUCACUUUCCUCUUCUCUGUCCACAUGCACAUCAAACACUCUGUACAAAAACUGAGAUUCUUGAAAGCUCAACAACGACCCAUCAAUGGUGCACCUCAAAGGCGGGUCCAGACCUCCAUGGGUGGGUCUUGGAGCUGCUGUUUGGCUCCAAAUUGCAUCUGGCAACGCCUACAACUUCCCUCUCUACUCUCAUUCUCUCAAAUCUGUUCUGGGUUUCUCUCAACAACAGCUCACAAUGCUCGGAGUCGCCAACGAUAUUGGUGAGAAUGUUGGAAUCCUUCCUGGGAUCGCCUGCAACAAGUACUCCCCGUGGAUUGUUCUUUUGAUCGGAGCUUUUGCUUCGUUUUUGGGUUAUGGAGUCCUCUGGCUAGCUGUUAGCCAAACUGUUCAGUCCUUGCCUUAUUGGCUGUUAUGGCUUGCACUUUGUGUUGCCACCAAUAGCGGUGCUUGGCUUGGCACAGCCGUGCUUGUAACAAACAUGAGAAACUUUCCUGUCAGUCGGGGCACUGUCGCUGGUAUUCUCAAAGGUUAUGCAGGGCUGAGUGCUACAGUGUACCCGGAAAUUUUCGGCAUCUUGCUUCACAAUUCCUCUGCCAAGCUCUUGCUCUUUCUCACUCUUGGGAUCCCAACUUUAUGUAUUGUAAUGAUGUAUGCUGUUAAACCUUGUACCCCCGCUUCCGGGGAAGACUUUGCUGAGUGUGGCCAUUUUCUUUUCAUGCAAGUGGCCAGUGUUUUGCUUGGCUUCUAUCUUCUCACGACCACAGUAUUGAGUCAUUUUAUUCCUUUGAGUGAUACUGUUUCCUAUACUUUUCUUGUCAUAAUGGUUCUUCUUCUCAUGGCUCCACUUGCUAUCCCUGUAAAGAUGACAUUAUAUCCCUCAAAUCGGAGUAAGUUAGGAACACUUGGUCGACCAGUAGGGUCUUCUGACCAACUUAUUCAAGCAGAAGGUGAUGUGGACAAAUUGGAACCGUUGCUCACCCCAUCUACAUCAACAACAAAUAUUGGAAGUUUUCAUGAGAACGACAGUGUUUCGGAGGUGGAUAUGCUUCUAGCUGAGGGAGAGGGUGCGGUGAAGAAGAAGAGACGGCCCAAAAGAGGGGAAGAUUUCACUUUCCGUGAAGCUAUAGUGAAGGCUGAUUUCUGGCUUCUGUUCUUUGUUUAUUUCGCCGGUGUUGGUUCGGGUGUUACCGUUCUCAACAACUUGGCUCAGAUAGGAAUAGCUCAAGGUGCAGAAGAUACAACCGUCCUGUUAUCUCUAUUCAGCUUUUUCAAUUUUGUGGGUCGGCUUGGCGGCGGCAUUGUUUCCGAACAUUUUGUCAAGUCAAAAACUAUCCCUAGGACAAUUUGGAUGACAUUCACACAAAUCAUAAUGAUCAUUACAUACCUUCUCUUUGCUUCUGCUCUUGAUGGUACACUCUACGUCGCAACAGCAGUACUUGGAAUGUGCUAUGGCUUUCAGUUUUCCAUUAUGGUCCCAACCGCCUCUGAGCUUUUCGGAUUAAAGCAUUUUGGGAUAAUCUUCAAUUUCAUGUCGCUCGGGAAUCCUCUCGGUGCUCUCCUCUUCUCUGGUGUCCUUGCAGGGUUCGUAUAUGAUAGCGAGGCAGCGAAGCAGCACGGUACUUCUUGCUUGGGCCCAAAUUGCUUUAGGCUUACCUUCAUCGUUUUGGCCGGUGUGUGUGCCAUGGGCACCGUCCUGAGUGUAGUUCUAACAAAGCGAAUCAAGCCGGUUUACGAGAUGCUUUAUGCUGGGGGUUCCUUCAGGCUGCCUCAGAGUUCAAAUCAUUGAUGAGAGAAGAAUGAAGUGUGAGAAUGUAGGAUAUAUUUUUUUUUUUAGGAAAAUGCAAUAAAAUGGACUGCUUUUUGUGUGUGUGUGUGUGUGUUGCUUCAUGAGCCUUGAUAUGUUGGUUCUUGAACUUCCAUCUGAUCAUUGCACAUGAAGUUUAUAAUUUGUGCAAUAUGAUCCUUCUUUUUAAUGUUAAAAAAGAAGUUUUAGUAACAUAUCUAUGUCAGAUUUGAACAAUCUAGCACUUGAUAUUAUUCAACACUAGAAGCGGUGCCAUACACAUUGGGUGUGAAAUCAUCUGUUUCACCCCAAUUCUUCUACUCAUUGAUUUUGAUAUGGCAAUCUGUGAUGAAUAUGAGACAGAAUAUAGGACAGAUAUGCAUCCUAUGCAUUGUGUGCGAAAUGUAAUUGUGUAGCAAAUGGUUGAUAACAAUGUUUUGAAAAUUGGACAGUGAAAUGUAAUUGCGUGUAUUCUAUGUAUUA